AUGGCAUCGAGUGAUGAGGAGUCCGUGAAGGACGAUACGAGCCCCGAAAAGCAAGUCACGUUCACAGCAGCCCAGAGAAUAGCAGAACUCAACGAUAUAGACCAGUUUCUAGCAACGCUACUGGGUGCAGCCGCUGAAGCGGUGGGUAUCCUGGCAAAUACUGGCAUCGGGAGCACCACCUCGUCCACACCCGAAGAUCAAGAGAACCGUUUCCAGGAAGCCUCGAGGACAUACUUUGCGACUUUGUCGUCGAUAGAGGUAGGCCUGAAGCGGCAGGUGUACGCUUUGGAAGAAGCAGGACUCAUACAGCCUGGAGAGGAGCGCGACACGAGGAAAGGAAGAGUGGUCACGAAACGACAUGAGGAGGUCACCGGCGGGCUGUUUGACUCGAGUUGGUUGAAUGCCAUGGCUGACAACGGCGUGCAGCAGCGCUAUAAGCGACAGCUACUCGACGAGGCUAAGGACUUUCUUUCUGACGAGAAGGCGGGCUCUGGCGCGACAAAGGAUUCAGGCUGA